GAAUCGCGUGGUCAGCUCCAACGUGAGGGAGACGAUGGCCAGCGACAACCUGGUGAUCCUCGUGGUGGUUUACCUCAGCAUGGACACGAUGGCCAGCGACAACCUGGUGAUCCUCGUGGUGGUCUACCUCAGCGCGAACACGAUGGUCGUCUUCUACAACCUGGUGAUCCUCGUGGUGGUCUACCUCAGCGCGAACAUGAUGAUCGGCUUCUACAACCUGGUGAUCCUCGUGGUAGUUUUCCCUGGCAUGAACAUGACGGUCGUCUUCGGCAUACUGGUGAUCCUCAAGGCGGUCAGCUUCACCGUGAAGGCAAUGAUGGUCAUCAACGUCAUGGUGAUCUUCGGGAAGUGCCUAGUCAGCCAAUGGAGGUUUCGCAGCUUCGAGGAUCCGAUCGACGAGGUCACAACUGGAAGGCCGUCUGCGACUACAGCGCCUCCGACAACAGGGCCAAGGUCUCAGAGUGAGAGACUUCUGGAAACGUUGGCAGAGGGUAUGCAACAGUUGCAGAAGGCGCAGCUGGACCAGUUCGAAAGGGCGGAGAAGCGAAGGAACGAGGAACCUCCUGAGCAGUGUAAGCCUGGGACUACGUCGUUGCCUUCGCUACCUCCGCCUAGCGGACACGAGAGCGCUGUGGCACUUCAAGACUGGAUUGAGGUCAUCGAUGGUCCUCUUCGGGAUAUUUCAGACAGCAGUUCUUGGUGGUGGGACGCGGUGAAGGAGAGGGCUCAGAAGGGUUACCAACUAUGGGUGGCCUCGGGACCUUACGAAAGACUAUCCCUGAACCCGCCAACUGCUGAUGAUCUCGAGCAAGGUCGCUUCUCGAGGUUGAGCGCGAGGACGGCGGGGAUGAUGCUGCAGGCCAUGACGGAGGGAGUUCGAGCAGAGAUGGUUGCGAGGGCAAUUACUCGUUCACCUAUGGCUUUGUUGUUUAGAUUAUACACCAUGUACCAGCCGGGGGGUGAGAGUGAGAAGGCCUACAUCUUGCAGUACCUCGUCAACCCUCCAAAGGCAGCCUCGGCAACCGACUUGGUUAGUGUGCUUCGACAAUGGGAAAGACUUCUUUUGAGGGCAGACAACUUGCACAUUGCGAAACCAGAUCCUUCCUUGCUGGUUCGUGGGCUGAACGGUUUGGUGUCAGAUCUAUGGGCCAAGGACAAGGAUGUGAUGUUCCGCACACAGCUUGUAAAGAGCAGGCUGGGAGUGGAUGUGAGUCCUACGUGGGAGUCGGCUUUACAGUUGCAUCAACACUUGAGGGCGGAGUCAGAGAACCUUGUGAAUGGUCUUCCCUCUGCGGUGAGAUCUUCUGUGACUGCGACCGAGUCACAGCGUGACACCAGACUGAAGCCGUUCCAGCCAAGUCCAUCUGCUCCUGUGAAGCCGCCGACGAAUGGGGAUGCAGACGAGGAGCAAGUUGCAAGUUUGUACAUUCCUUUGAAGGGGUCUUUGAUGGCAGAACCGGAGCCACAGCCAACUCCACCAACGUCACCUACUACCGUGGGCGAUGCUCAGGCGACAGCGGGAACCGGGGAGAUGAAGGAGGCUUUGAGGGAUGCUGCACAAGCCCUUAGGUCGCUGAUGAGUUCUGGGACUUCAACAGCGACAUCCUCAGCGUCUUCCUUGGAAGGGCUUCAGCGACAACUUGAUGAGUUGAGACUGAGGGCAAUGAAGGUGGAGAUCGAUGGCACGGAGCUGAAGAAGUACCAGAGGACUCCGCUGGAUGAAAGGGUUAAUGGAGAUGGUUCCUCGGUACCGACGCUGAUUGACUCUGGUGCCACCCACAUCCUUCGCCAACCUCGGGAUGAUCAGGAGUUGGCCUCAGCUACUCGGGUAUCGGUGACCCUUGCCAAUGAUGAGAGGCGGGAACUACUGCAGACUGAGUCCGGAGCAAUCCUGUCAACGUCGCCAGCUACCCAGCCGAUCCUGCCAAUGGCGGAGCUCGUGAGGGCCGGAUGCGAAGUCAGCUGGAGGAGGGGUGUAUUCAAGGUUACGCAUCCAGUUUGGGGUGAGCUCAAGACAUCGCUGCGUGGUGGUUGUCCAGAGUUGGCACAAGAACAAGCGGCGAAACUCGUGGAUCAGAUCGAGGACAAGAAGCUCCGUGAAUUUCAAGAUGGGGUUUCUAUGUUGAAGUCGAAGUUGGACUACCUGGUUCGCGAAGAGAAGCUUCCCUGGACGUCAUAUGCGAUGAAAUUCUUGGAUGAGGGACUGGCUAAGGAUCUUUGGAAGGCCGUGCGAGGAUCCUUCAUGAAAGAUCUUCCAGAAGCAGUUCUAGACUCUCUUUGCAUUGGCAUCCGUUUGAAUCAAGGCUGGGAACAUCUGAAGUCUUUGCCUCUGCCAAGAAGAACUCGGAAGAGAAUGAUGGAAUCAGAUAGGUGGAUACUUCAUCUACCAAAGCAUCGAGAAGAACCUCCCUUGAAGUCCGAGGACUAUGGCGAGACUGCAGUGAUAGUAACAGUGCCGCCGCACUUGCUUUCUCAGGCGUAUGGUGCUCUGAUGUGGGGGGCUGCUACGGGAAGGGUCGCUGCGGUGGUUGGUGAAACUCCUGGAUGUUCAAUGGCUAAGGAUUUCCAGACUAUCCGGAUGGCAAGAACAAUGGCGCUUUACGUGAUUGGGAGACUCGCGAGAUCAAAAGGAAGAACUGGGUUUUUCUGGCUGAUGCGGAAGGACGAUGGUGAGGAUGAGGUUGGGAAAUUGAUGGUGCAGUUUCAACAAGCGGCCUCCAUGCGUGAGCUCAACGUCAACGGUGAUGGUUUUCAAUCCUCUUCGAGAACGCGGUGGGUAGCUACAACGAACUACGAUCUACAAGAUCUAACAGGGGAACCUCAGUCCGAGGAGGGGAAGAACGACUUAGUGAACAAGGGCUGGCCUAUGGAGUGGAGAAGAAGGCUAGCAAGGGCAAUCUCUGAUGGGAACUUCCGUGGCUCUCAGAAGCGAGAUGAUGGUACCCUGAAGGCUAUGACGCAGGAGCAAUGGAUGAGUCAUGUUCAAGCUGGUCAUUACCCUUCGCGUCGAGACUGUCUUCAGUGUGUUUCUCAUGGGGCUACAGGACACCGUCAUGCUCGGAUAGAACAUCCAUCUCUAUUCUGCCUUACCGUGGAUAUCACAGGUCCUUUCAGAACAGCCGGUGAAGACCCAGGAGCUCGAGGAGAUCGUUCCAAGGCAGCUAAGAUGAAGUAUAUUCUGGUUGCAAAGUUCACCUUGCCGAAGUCCUAUGUCACAGGCGAGUUCGAACCUACAGCUCAAGACCCAAGGGAAGAAGAUUUUGGCAUGAAGGAUUUGUUCGAUGAGGAUGGACACAUGGUUGGUUCAAAGGGGGUGUCAACCGAGGGUGAAAGGUAUGAUUGGGUGAGCGACGAAGAAGACUACGUGCCUUCAAUGGCAGAGGAGGACGGCGAAGAAGAGGAGAAGGAUACCGGUGCGGGCGUGGGAGCAAUACCAAUCGACGUGAAGGCCCCGGAGUGUACAUAUCUUCUCUUUGCAGAGCCGCUUCUCAACGACAAGGGCACCACCGUCGCCAGCGCAAUCCAGUCCAUUGUGUUGUACCUCCAAAGUCUCAACAUCCCUGUGCUGAGAUUCCACAGUGACCGGGCAGCGCAGCUAAUGGCCAGAUCGCUGGUGCAAUGGCUGCAUGGACAGGCAAUUCGUACAACAACCAGUACCCCUGGUGUUCCUCAAGAGAAUGGUUCUGCGGAGUGUGCUGUGAAGGAAGUCAAGCUCACUACGAGAAAGAUCCUUUCCUCGUCCACUCUGGGAAAUUCCUUUUGGCCGGUGGCUGCAAAGGCUGCGGCAUCUCUUCAACGGGCUCGUGUCUUACGUCAGGUACCUCGGAUGAUAGCGGCGUUUGGUGCAAAGGUCUUGGUGAAAAAGAGGAGGUAUGCGGCUUCAGGAGCUUUGAUCCGAUUGGAAUUUGAUGAACGAUGGGCCGAAGGAGUGUAUUUGGGUCUCUCUGAUCAGCUUGCGGAUGGACAUUUGGUCUACGUCGACGGAAUCUUCACCCACACGAAGAAUGUGAAGGACAAGGCCAAGUUGGUGGACGCAAGAGUAGAAAUACCUGAUGAUCACGGAAGGGAACAAGGUGACGAGCUCGAGCCACGGGCUAAAAGAAGGAUCGUCGGAAAAUCGGCGCCACGAGUUGCAGUGAUGGAGCGCAAGUCGGAGUUUGGGAUAUAUGAAGACGAUCUUCCCAGCGACGAAGAGGUGCUCUGCGAUGACGAGGACCUGGGUGAUGGCACGCAGGGGGUGAUGAGUGAGGAGUGUCCAGUUCCUCGGGUGGCUGUUUUGGGUUCCAAUAGGGGCGAAACACAAGAUGGUCAUGGAGACUCGAUGGACCCGGAGGACUAUGCCAGGGAGAUCAUCUACAACGAGGACAAUGUCGAUGAAGAAGUGAUCAAGAG